GGCCGGGUUUCUAAAGCUAUUUGCUAGGAGGUGCCAAGAUGGCGGCACUGUGGGGCGGCGGCGCGGGACAUUCCGGGGCUGGGGGUACUCUCCCGCUGCGAGGUGGCUCAGAGACGGUCGUGGGCAGUGGCAUGGCUUCCACUCAGUACUUACUGGCAGAGGAUUUGCAUUUGGCAUCUUUGGAAGCAGAAUCCAUCCUUGAAGCAGGGGAGUUCCUGGAAACAAUGCAGGACUACUUAGACUCUUCUGUCAUCUCUAUCAUUGAGGAUUUCAGCAGUCUGAAUGAGGCAAAAACUUGCACAGAUGCGGAGAAUGAGCUUUCCCUGUUGACUGCAAUCACAGAGAUUCUGGACAGCACAGAUGAUGAAUCUCUAUCUCCUUUUGACACCAUUCCUGAUUCUGAAUUACUGACAUCUCCCAGGGAGCGUGAAAACUCUUCGUUUCAAAGGUUUCUUGGAGUACCUGUAACAUCACCAGAGAAAGACUUAAACACCAAGGAGGAUUUCCUGGAGCCUAAACUUUGCAGCAUCAUGACAGAGAAGGUUGAAGCCAGCACUGGUAACCUUCCUUUGGCACUGACUCCAAGAUCUCAGAGGGACAUACCUGCUUCAAAGAAAUCCAGUGGCAAAGCCCCCAGUGGGGAAUGGAGGCUCUUCAGGCACAGGGAGAGAGAGCUGUCUGUACUGCAGCGCAGUGAUGGGGAGGAAGAGGAAGAUGAAGAGGGGGAAGCCACAACAGGCCGCAGACUGGGGCUUGUGGCAGGUGUGAAGGAUAUCCCUGCAGCAUUGGCAACAAAGGAGGCUGAGAAAGACCGCGAUGAAUGUGAUGGUCCCUGUGUCAUUGCCCCAGAGAGUAUCUCCCUCAGUGAGUUGGUGAGGUCAAUGCACCCUUACUGUCAGCCCACCUUCGCUGUAUGCAUGAGUCCUGAUAGCCAACCCUUGGCAGAGGAGCUCCUUGCUGGCCCCGUCAUCCUGGAAAUAGUGCCUGAAGGUGGAGAGAGCAUGGAAAUUCCAGUAGUCCUGCACAAUGUGGAAGCAGUUGAGCUCCCACACAAAACAAAUAAUAAUUAUGUCAUUGGACGUGAAGAUAAAGAGGCAGCUCUGCUGGUUCCCCUCUUGGCAAACACGUCACCCGUAGACAACACUAAGAUUGCAGGCCCGGACACACGGCUUUCCUUGGAUGAGCAGGCUGAGGAAGUAGACAGGGCUGCAUCCCCAAGAGCAGAAGACAGUCAUCCUCAAGUAAAAGAGGAAGCUCAGAGAUCAGCUGAUGACUGGAAGCAUGGAUCUGAGCCUGGAUCAGUUGCACUCAAAAAUAUAAAUCUCAUUCCAUCAGAGAAGGGCCAGACAUGUGGCCGUAGCAAGAAGAAGAGGAAAAAAAACACUAAUGGAGCAAAGCGGCACAAAGAGGCAAAAAAUAACCUGCAGAUUUCUGCUUGUACUGAAGAACAGGCCAGGACAAAUGCAGACAGCUCAUUCCCAGAUGCUGACUUUCCAGAGGAGCAGAUGAAGAAAGCUGGAGGCCAUGGUCAGAGUGAGUUGUUUGCAGAUCAAGAAUGCCAGCCAGUGAAAGUCCGGGAUACACAGGUGGAAGAAUUGUCCACCAGUGAGAGAAAGCCCCCAAAUCCUGUUGCACCAAGCUUGGAUAAUGAAGGUGCUUUGCCAUGUAUAGAUGAACAAUCUCGUACUCAUUGCGAUAGGGGUGCAGACUCAGCAGCUACAGGCCAGGAGGAUACACGAAGAGAGCCUGGUGAAGGGAGUCCAACCAACUUGACAGCGAAAGAGAUGGCUAACCCAGAAGCUUCCCAGGUGUUCACUAGCAGCUGUAUGGAUGCUGCAGGGCAGUCUCCUAGGAGCAUCCUGUGCUCCAGCAACGAGGAAGCAAAGGAAGCACCAGCAAAAGAAACAAAGCCCAAGCCUCUUAGCCUGAGUGAAUAUAGGCAGCGCCAACAGCAACGCCGAUCUAAUGAUGGUAGUGCCAGGAGUGUGGCAGAGAACCAGAGUGCUAGCAAGUGGCCCACCCUCCCUGAGCUCCCCACACAACUGGCUGACCUUCCUUGCCUAAAAGUGCCUCCACCACCCACCAAGGUUGCUGUGCCUGAACUUGUGAAGGAGUCUGAGAAGUCUGCUAGCUCCUCCACAACCCCUGCCCCACCUGGCAAAGCAUGUGCCAAGUCCCCUUCUGUGUCAACUCCCACUUCAAUGCCUGUUCCUCCUUUGCAGCCUGGCAGUGUGACCACUGCUGCUACUACUGCACCUCUCCCAGCUGUGCCCUCACUGCCUAGUCAAGUAGGUGCCUUUCCCCCCAUGGGCAUGCAUGUGCCUCCCCCUCCACUUCCCCCAUAUCUACCACCAGUCCCUGGGGCUUUUCUGCCACCUCCUCCUGACCCUUACAUCUUGGGCUCCCAACCACCACUAGUGCCUUCCUGGUCUCCCUUUGCCUCUCUGCCAACUAACUACCAAAGCUUUCCACCUCUUGCAACAGAGGUUUGCCCCCCUGUUUUUCAUACAGUUCCCCCUGUGCCCCCUCCAACGUGGCCGCCUCCACCUCUUCCUUUGCCACCUUUUCCCCCCAGCCUGCCAUACAACUCUGCAGAGUGGACCCUUGCACCACCGCCUCCCUUUUGGAAUGGUAUCCCAAUACCUCCCCCAGUGUUGCCCAUCCCAUAUGGGGAUCAAGGCACUCUUAUUCAGACCCCUCCAGUAGGCACCUUAUCUGCUCUUCCUGAUGGGGCAGUUGCCCAGCAGAGUUUGCCUUUGACACCUGAGCCCUCUUCCUCAGGACAGCUGGGCUUGGCAACCAAAGAGAAAUCAGGCCUGCCUGCUCAGGUGUCUCAAGUGCCACUUCCUGCCACAGUCAAGAUUACCUCUAGAAGAGUGUCUGACCCCAGAAGGCAAGCACAGUCCUUGGCUGCUGAUUCCAAAGCCGAAAUGAACUCAAGCAGCUUUCAGUCGUUGGCAAAAGUGCAUCUUCCCCAAUCAGCUGUCAGACCUUCAGGGCAUGUUGAGAAGAAUGCCAUCCCACAGGAAUCCUAUUCUGUGUCUCAAUCCCAGCAACCCACAGAAUUCACUGGCACACUGAAACCCCCCAAAGAGCCCUCUUCAUUGCCUGCCCUACAGCCUACAAAAGCUGUAGGGCAGCCUCUUGCACCCUCUGGCCCUAAGGAAAAGAGCUUUACUUUAUCUGCUGCAACUCAGAGUGGCAAGAAGGCUCCACCACCUUCUCAUCUCCAAAAAGAGGAAGACUCAUCUUUAUCUGCUGCCUCUACACAAGAAAAGCUAGCAAUGCCAACUGAGGCUUGCAUCAAGGAAGCUGCUCAGACAGCUCCCAAUUGCCCAGGAUUAUCAGUGUCCCAGAAGUUGCCUGUGUCUGGCCAGAUUCUGAAGAAACCAACAAGUACAUGGAAAAAACAGCCUCUUAUCAGCAUUGCACAGCACAACCGCCAUAAAGACACCGUUCAAGCGUUUAUCAAUGAAGUUGGAAUUGAAGCCUCUGACCUGUCCAGUCUGCUAGAGCAAUUUGAAAAGAUUGAAGCCAAAAAGGAAACACCCAGCAUGGCAAAGUCCCAAGAAAAUGUGCCUACAGGGAAUGAAAACCCCAAGGCACAGCAGGAAAAGAAAAUGGUAGACUGGCUUCAAGCACCAGAGCUCACUAAUGUUGCAGGCUUGACCCCUCCAGCUACUCCACCCCACCAGCUAUGGAAACCAUUGGCAGCUGUCUCACUGUUGCAGAAGGCUGGGUCUCCAAAGAGUGUCAGACUUUUGAAAUCCCUGAGCAAGCCUCACAGAAAAGCUCUGACUCCUGUUCAUGUGGGUUCUGGCGAGCAUGAUUAUUGUCAGGUCAUUGCUGCCCAGCGAAAGGAAGGUGCCCGAUGGAAUGUCAAGCACAACUUGGAUAUCACAAUCAAGCCUAUCAAGACCAUGACAAAACAAGUGCUAGAACAGCCAGCUACAAACCAGCAUCUUACUACUACCAGAGUGGACCCUGCAGACACUCUCAAUAUUGCCUGCCAGAAUCCCAAAGAGACCCCCAGCCAUGCUGAUGCUGGUGAGGGACAGGUCAAACCACCUGAUCUUGUUGCAGCUGACAUGAGCCUUGUCAUGUCGGAGGAACCGUUGUUAGAGAGUAGCUGCAAAAGCCCAUGCAAAGAGCCAUUAGACCACCGGACUAGUACCCCAAGGUCCAUGGCUAGGGGCAGCAGUGAAUCUUGUUCCGUACUGCUGUCUCCAGCGGCAUCCCCCUGCAGGGAUGCAGAAGAACCAUCACUACAACAGCCUCAGGAAGUUCAGCAGAAGCGUCUAGCUUCCAAAAAGUCCCUGCGGUGCUAUCGAAGUAGACAAAAAUCAGUUAGUCCCGAAAAAGACGGUUGGAGAGGCCGAAGUAACCGGACCAGCCGGUCUUUCAGCUCCAGCUCAGAUGGCGACAGUGACUCCUCCUCAUCUUUCUCUUCCUCCUCACGCUCUCGUUCUCCCCCAUCAAAGCGCUGGAGAAGAUGUCGCUCACGAAGUUCCAGCUCAUCUUCCAGUGGACGUUCAUGGAGCCGAACAAGGGGCAGGUCCAGGUCGUCUUCUUGCUCCUCCUGCUUCUCAAGAUCAUCCUCCCGCUCCUCCUCUGUGCACAGAAGGAGAGGACGCAGGAAAAGAUGUGAUUCCAGCAGUUCCCGUGAGCGUUACCUGAGGCAGAAAAUCAGAUACAAAGAGCGUGCAAUAGAAGAACGUCGUGUUGUUUUCAUUGGCAAAAUCCCCAGCAGGAUGACACGUUCAGAGUUGCGACACCGUUUUUCCAUUUUUGGGGACAUUGAGGACUGCACACUGCAUUUCCGGGAGCAUGGGGAUAACUAUGGCUUUGUGACAUACCGCUAUGCUGAAGAGGCCUUUGCUGCCAUAGAGGGUGGACACACGUUGCACCGCCCAGAUGAGCAGCCUUUUGACCUGUGCUUUGGAGGACGCAGACAGUUCUGUAAAAGGAACUAUACUGACUUAGACUCUAACCGAGAUGACUUCAAGCCUGUCUCUGUGAAAAACAAGUUUGAUGACCUUGACUUUGACACCUUACUGAAGCAGGCUCAGCGGAAUCUGCAAAGGUAACGCUGGCUCCUACGGGCUCAUUUUGCCCGGUAGGCAUUUGCCUACACCAGCCUUACCUCAGAUGCGCUGCAAGGGCAGGUGUCCCCCACCUCCCCAGGCCUAGCUGCUAUGUCCAGCAUGGUUUUUGUAAUGAAAUAUGACAAAAAUCCAAUAAACAAUUUGUACCCUGUUUUUCUAAGGACUAUUUAAGACGGAGAGAAAAAAAUGUUAGUAGGAAAGAAGAGCGGAAGAAGACCAGGCACCUUCAGUUUGCUUAAUCACUAUGCAGAUAAUAAACUUUAACCAUACAACUUA